ACCACUUCUGCCUUGACUGCCGUCGUUAUAUUCGCUGCCUUCCUGAUUGUGGCGAUCAGUCUUCACGCAUACUCAUCUCCGACACCUUUCAUCUCAUUUAUCUCCUGCGCGAGGGCCUUCUGGGCCUACAUUUCAUCAACAUGUCAGGUAACAUCGUGCCGUCGUUCGUCGACGGCAAUGUGCCCAUCGCCGGCCUCGAUCAGCUCUCUGCCCACCUCGACGAAGCUAUCCAAGACCCUGACGCCGACUUCAAGCCAAAGUUGUUUGACGAUGUCGAGCUGCAGCUUACUGAAUCCAACGUCCCACCACUCCUGCCAACCCUCCUCCCCAAGCUUACGACCAUUCUUCUCACGACACGAAAGGAUCCGGCUGUUCCCGUCUCCCUGUCCAUCCGACUGCUGCGUCAUGUUUCCUUCACCCAAACACUCUCCCUAGCCGACGAGACGGCCCUCAUCACAGCCUUCGACUCACCCGCACCUUCCGCCAACCUGCUCGCCAUGGCCGUCCUGCACAAGGCCACAACGCCUGCCGAUAUCGCCAUCCUAGCUUCGAUGCCGAGACUCCUCGAGCAUUUCAUACGGCGAUGGCUGUCUGCGCCACAAGUCGAAGUGGGUGAACGGGGCACGCGCGUCCUCGGUGACUUGCUGGAGAUUGACUCCCAGUCACCACCGCUGCGCAUACCAAGAGAGGCCAUCACGGUCAACGGCGUGCCUUGGACAAAUGGGUCCACAAAUGGCGACCACGGAAACAACGAGCUGGCGGACAUCCAUAAGCCCCGCGGCGAGGGCGUUCUUUGGCAUCGACUCACUCACGAUGUGGACCUUUACAAUCUACUCGUAGCCCUGCCUCAGGGGCGGGACAUCUCUGGCGAGGUUCUCGACGAACGCCAGACAUCCCUGGCACAGGGAAGGCUCCUUCGACUUUUGCCCCGGCUGGCACUACGCGACUUUGACCUCGUUACCCAGCCGCCUCCGAAGCCCAGUGACGACGAGCUCAUGGGAGGCAUCGACCCCGAAGCCGAGGCCAGGCAAAGCGGCCUGCUGCAGUUUGUGGCGUUGAGAAUGGUCGACAAGAGCGACCUUCUCAUGCACCUCAGUCUGAUAGACUUUUUCGAGACACUGAUCAGCCUGUUGAGAGUCAGGGCGAAGGAGGGGGGCAGCAGCAGCCAGAUUAUUGUGCAGACAUUGAGGGAGAUCUUGUCGGUUGCCCUGCGGGGUGAUGAUGAGCUGCGAGCCGCCCUCCAGCGCUUGCCUGAUCGGACUGUCGAAGAGGAGGCCGAAGACUUGCGAAUUUUCAUAGAAAGCGUAGUGGGCUAA